CCUUCCCCUCGGAUACAGCGUGCACCGCAAUCAGCCCCGCGCUCGUCUCAGAUGCGUUGCGCCGCGUCGCACCUUGCCAGACUCAGACUCUCGCGCCUCGCGCCUCGCCGUACUCCCCACACGCAGCAUCAUCACUCCAGGCGGCUUCCCUGCUCCCUCUCGUCCGACAUGAUACAACUCAAGAGCAAACUCCAACAUGCAGCGUCCCGUCCAAAUGAUGGAUGAUAUGCGGGCUUCUCUGCCCAACUGGAUAGGAAGCCAGGCAAGGCAGCCCAUUGGUAAACCGACGGCUGUGCAUACCGUACGAGUUCACAUCCACACUGUAAUACAUACACACUGCCCAGCAGGCGCAGCACAGCACACCGUAAUGCUCAUCGACGUCGUUCUGCUGCGUUCUGCUGCGGUGCGAAUUGUGAUAGUAGGGUGAGAUGCACGCGGAGGGAUCCGAGUGCGAGCUUCCAUGUGCUGCUGUCAGGUCGAGCGGUCAUGCAUUCAUGGACCGGCGUAUUCGGUCUGGCUGCUUCGGGCGCGUACAGUGCGUCCAUACCCACCCAUGACCCCACCUUCGCUCACGCUCUCGCGCUGGCCGUCCCCGAGGCCAGAGUCGCGAUCCACAUCUCGCGCGACCCAUCUUCCCGAAUCCCGACAG